AUGCGCUCUAGAAGCGCCUCUAUAUCGGCGUCACGAUGUUGUACGACAUUGUCGACGACCGCACACUCGCUGGCCCUCGAACUGACGUGGGGAGGAUCACCUGGCAUGCUGGGAUUCCUUCAUGUCAGGCCCUCGCGCCCAGGCGCACAGCUCAUGACAGCCGAUGGCUACGCGCUGUCCGGGCGAAGAGCGCUAACGCUUGCCGAAGAGCCGUUGGGCUUUAGCCUCGGGUGGGUGGCAGCCCACUUGGUCGUUCGCCUCGACGACAGUGUAUGA